CCCAGGAGGGAGCUGGGCACAAAGAUAAGAGCUCCACGUGCCCCGUGUAUCACGGGAGGGGCUGUAAACAGGCCUGCGCAGGGGUUAUCGGAGCCCUGCACCUGCGGGUGGCUCCUGCCCCGGUCGUCAGCCCCAUCCCCGGUGUGGGGAGAUGUGUGGGUGUGUGUCUGGCCCUGUAUCCGUCCCUCCACAGCCCUGGGACAACAGCUGCUCCGCUGCCCCUCCAUGUGCUAUGGGAUGCUCCCUCCUGCCUGGGUCAAGGCCGGGCCCGGGGCCCCACGUCAGCGUCCCCGGGGUGUCGCAAGAGCCUCGGUGGGGGCAGCCGGGAGUGCUGAGGGAGGGGGACGGUCCCUUGGGGAGACACGCAGGUCUCGAGAGGCGCUUUAGGAUCUUCGUCAACCGGAGCCUGGCGCUGGAGAAGAUCAAGUGCUUUGGCUUUGACAUGGACUACACCUUGGCCAUGUACAAGUCCCCUGACUACGAGGAGCUGGCUUUUGCUCUGUUGCUGGAGCACCUUGUUGCCAUUGGGUACCCUCCUGAGAUCCUUGCCUACAAAUAUGACCCCACCUUCCCCACCCGGGGUCUGGUGUUUGAUGCCCUGUACGGGAACCUGCUGAAGGUGGAUUCUCAUGGGAACCUGCUGGUCUGUGCCCAUGGCUUCCGUUUCCUCAAGGGAGCCGAAAUCCUCCACUAUUACCCCAACAAGUUCAUCCAGCGGGAUGACAUGAAACGCUUCCACAUCCUCAACACCCUCUUCAACCUCACAGAGGCCCACCUCUAUGCCUGUCUUGUGGACUUUUUCACCAACUGCUCCAGAUAUGUCAACUGUGACACUGGCUACAAGCAUGGGAACCUCUUCAUGUCGUUCCGCAGUAUGUUCCAGGAUGUGCGCGAGGCCAUGGACCAUGUCCACCUCUCUGGCUGCCUCAAGGAGAAAACGCUAGAGAACCUGGAGAAAUACAUGGUGAAGGAUUCCCGUGUGCCGCUGCUGCUGAGCCGCAUGAAAGAGGUGGGGAAGGUCUUCCUGGCCACCAACAGUGACUACACCUACACUGACGCCAUCAUGUCCUACCUAUUUGACUUCAGCAAUGAGGACAAGGCUGACGUCCCACGGCGCCCCUGGAGGUCCUAUUUCGACCUGAUCGUGGUGGACACCCGCAAGCCCCUCUUCUUUGCUGAGGGCACCGUCCUGCGCCAAGUCGACACGGACACGGGGAAGCUGCGCAUGGGGACAUACACUGGCCCCCUCCAGCACUGUGCUGUCUACUCUGGUGGCUCCUCAGAUGUGGUGUGUGACCUCCUGGGUGUGAAGGGCAAAGACAUCCUCUACAUGGGGGACCACAUCUUUGGGGACAUUCUCAAAUCCAAGAAGCGGCAGGGCUGGCGCACCUUUCUGGUGGUGCCCGAGCUGGCCCGUGAGCUGCAGGUCUGGACGGAGAAGAGUGAGCUGUUUGAAGAGCUGCGGAGCCUGGAUCUCUUCCUGGCCAAGCUGUACCAGCACUUGGACAGCGGCAGUAGUGAGCGCCCAGACAUCAGCUCCAUCAAGCGUCGGAUCCAGAAAGUCACACAUGAGAUGGACAUGUGCUAUGGGAAGAUGGGCAGCCUGUUCCGCUGUGGCUCACGUCAGACACUCUUUGCCAACCAGCUGAUGCGCUAUGCAGACCUCUAUGCUGCCUCCUUCAUCAACUUCCUCUAUUACCCCUUCAGCUACCUCUUCCGGGCACCCCCUGUCCUGAUGGCCCAUGAGUCAACAGUGGAGCACUCUUGCCGGGACUCAAGGGAUGCGGUCACUGCCCUUCCUCCCUGGCUGGCCCAGCAUGGUGACCCUGGCCAGCAGGUCCCCCAGGACUCAAGUGGGGAGGAGGAAGAUGAUGGAGAAGCCUGAGCACAUCCCAACUGCUGCCAUGCUGCCCAUGGGAGGACAUUCAGUGGCCCUGGACCACUUGCACUCAUGGCCAGCUACCACCUCUGGUGGCCACAGGAUGGCUGGUGGCCCUGACUCAUGGCCCUUGUCACACCUGUCCCUGGGCAGCUGGGACCUUCUCCUGACUCUGCCCAGAGCCAGGAGAGGGUCCCCCCCAGGUCUGCUAGCUCCUGCCUCUUUAGUUCAUAUCUGCCUGGUACCCCUUUAACUCAUUCCUCUCCCACCAGCUCAAUGCCAGCAUGGGGGCAUCCAACACCAGGCUGAACAGAAAGUGCCACUGCUGCAGUAUCACUGGAAGCCCCACUGCAGCAGCUGGGGUCCCAGCAGCUCCUGCCUGUUUAGCCUCUGGGCCUGGCCAUGAGCACUGCAAUGCUGGGGGGGGAGGGGGGGGGCUCUGGAGGUGACACCUGGCCCUUCACUUGCUGUUCUUCUUUUCUUCUUUCUACCCUUUUCUAUUUAUAAAAAAAUACUCAAAACUCCUGGCACCGCAGAGACAUAACAUUGGUUUUAAAGGAAAACUGCUUUGUCCCUGCACCUGAGAGGUGGGGGCAAAGGGCAGUCCCCAAGUCCUUGCCCAGCAGCUGGGACAAGCACAAGCCCCUAGGGAGAAGGUGGCAGCCCUGAGCUAUCCCCACCUCUGCAGAGGGGGCCAGGCCAGCAGCACUCCACAGAGUGGAGCCAGCCCUAUGCCAACUCUGGCACACUGCUCUGAGACUUCUGCCAGCAUCCAUAGAGAUGCUGAGCCAAGACUGGGGUUGGAGACAGGAGGAAAAGAGCAUGAUGGGGCCAGGACCACUGCUUGCUGGGGCUGGGUGGAUGACAGUAGGGCUCCCCCACCUUCCACAGCUGCUCUAUGGUCACUGUUCACAGCAGAGAGCACCUGCCAAUCCCCUCUGCAGUCUCUUGCCUGGUACCUUGUGCUGCUGCCUGCUCCAAGUGCAGGGACAGCAGCAGAGGGGGCCUGAGUGCAAUUACAGGGCUCAUCUGCCCCCAGGAGCUGCAGACCUGGCCUGCUGCACCCCAAGGUCCUCUGCAACCCUUGGUGCUGCUCUCAGUCUCAGAGCCCGCACAGAAGCUGCUGGGGCACUGCAGGUCCCCCAGCUCCUCAGGUACAGCCGUUGCUACCACCUGUGCUCCAGACACUGGGUCUGCAUAUAUGCCUCUCAGUAGGGGACAUACAGAUGUUGUCCAGGUGGGGCACAAGGCAGUUCCAGAGCAAAUUGCUCAGGACUUUGCUUCCAGACACUGGGAGGUGCCUGGAACAUUGCAAUCCUACUGACACCAUUCUACAGCAGGAAAACCAGAAUGUGUGUCAUGUCAGA